AAGAUACUUUCCCACGACCUCUCUCCCUGAAACUAUACCGCAGCAGCCCUAGUUGUUUUUUUCGCUUUAGCAACGUAGAAUCGCCUUUGCUUUCAACUAAACGUUUCAAGUUCAACCAGUGUACUUUGCAUUCUGGACAAUCCUUCCUAUUUGGGACAAGCACACAUCAUUGUUCGACCGUCUUGAACAUGAUCAUGGAUAACGACAUUCUACGCGCAUGGCUGCUCAUUCAUGAGUUGAGCGACCAGCUCGCUCAUAACCAGAAAAUAUCAACUACAUUACACUCGCAAGCAGCCUCACUUAAAGACCAGGCUGUACACGUCGGUUCAGGUUUUGCUCUGAGGCGAUUUAAUACCGAUAUCUCGAAAGAAAUUUUUGAUUCCGAAUUGGAGCGCUUGAACGCCCAAUUCAUUAUCGAGAACCAAACCCUUCUUCAUGAGAACAAGCAAUUUAGUCUCCUUCUCAAAGAAUAUGAAAGCACUAUGGAAACCAUUAUGUCAAAAUUCAGGAAUCAUGCAUUAGCAGCUCAGCAACACGAACUCACCCUGACCCGCCACUAUGAAGGUUUACUACUCGCCUGUGACUCACAUAAUCAGUAUGCAGACCUAACUUCCGAAACUAAAACCGUUAUCGGCCUUCAGCGCCUCGCCCACACUCUUCGUGCAUUGCAUCGUUCCAUGUCUGGCGAAGAGCCCGAACUAACCGACGAUGGCUCCCCGAUCGACAUUCCUGCUCUCCUUCAGUCGUUAGACCAACAAGCAGACUCCGAGAUUCGGGACGAUUGGGCGUUGGAGCGUGAAAUUGAAAUUUCCCGCCUAGAAAAGGAGAACGAGGAGCUGCGUAAGAUGCUGGGCAUCGACUCCGCCUCGUUGAGCGAAAAGGGUAUCACACUUGAUAUCGAGCGGGAGGAGGGUGGACGGAUCUCAACCUCAAUUUCGGCGGCAGCUCGGAAGCGCAGCGGGUCAUCGUCUUCUUCUGGUCCCCGUCUGAGCCCGUGGGCGUUUGACGCUGAUAUGCCACCAGAACGGGAGACCAACCCUUGGAGUGGAUGGGAGUCGCAACUUUUACCCCAGCCCCAGCCCCAACCCCAGCCACCGCCACCCCAGCCUCAACGACAACAACCCCAACAGCGUCUCCAGCCGCAACACCCCCCUCAACUCGGUAGUGGUAUGCGCAUGCAAGACCCCAUAUACUCCAACCAGCUUCCAUAUGCCAAGACCAUGCGACGGCCCGCAAAUUUAUUCUCGCCAAAUCCAGGGCCUGCGCCUCCAGUAAGCUCCAGCGUGGGUUCAAGUUGGGCACAGUCAACACCAUCCAACCGUUGGGCCUCGUCGAAUAUAGCAGAUUUUAAUCAUUAAACCGCGUACUCUGAAUCGGUUUACUGCGACGCCUCUUCGAUGACAUAUGAACUGCCCUGCGUUGUUACGCUACGCCCUGGUGACCGCACGUCAGUUCGAAUGAGCAAUUUGAAAAUGUCAGAUAGCGGCAAUGCACGAUUGGUACCUGCUUGGAUUUGAGAACAGCAGCCGCAGCUACUUUUGCAAAGGGUUUACUGCCCAAACAAAAAUAUGACUCUUGUGCUUGGCCGCCUGGCAGAUGAACAAUAGGGUAUCACACACGAGCUGGCAUGACCUACAGCCAAAAUAAUUGAUCACUUGACCCGAAUAGCCGAUAGGCUCAGAGGGCAUAACGCAACAUCGCGACGGCUCAGAUUCACAUUGGUCGGUCAGGGGCAGCACGACCAGAACAAAUGCAGCUGUCUAAAAUCUACACGAUACACAUCG